AAGUAUGUAUGGUCUUCAUGUUCCCUCUUUAUGUUUAUUUUCUGGUUUUUCCUCUGUUUCUGCUCUCUGCUUGAUUUUCACCUUCUGUUUCUUGCUUCUGAACUCCAACAAAGUGCUAUGUCUUCUUCUUUAGGUCAGCAUGGUGGUUCCCUGUCAAACCCUCCGUUGUUUACAGGGAAGAAUUAUGAUGUUUGGGCCAUCAAAAUGAAGGCAUUUCUUAAGGGAAAUGAUGUGUGGGAUUCUGUGGAAAAUGGUUUUAAUCCACCUCGGUUGCCUCAGAACCCAUCAGUAGCUCAAAUAAAGCAACAUGCAGAGUAUGUAGCUGGUUCAUACAAGGCUCUUUCAUUCAUCCAUAGUGCUGUUGCAGAUGAGAUAUUUCCCAGAAUAAUGAGGGCAGAAACGGCACAAGCAGCAUGGGAAAUACUCCAGAAGGAAUUUGAGGGUGAUGAAAGGAUUAAAGGCCAGAAGAUUGUGAAUCUGAAGAAGGAGUUUGCAAUGAUGAGAAUGAAGGAGACUGACACCAUUCAUCAGUACUCCAACAGGCUUAUGGAUGUUGUGAACCAAAUAAGAUUGCAUGGUGAAGAUUUUCCAGACCAAAGAGUUGUGGAAAAAAUGAUAGUGAGCCUUCCUGAGAAGUUUGAGCCAAAAAUAUCAGCUAUAGAAGAGUCGUGUGAUUUGAAGACUCUUACUGUUUAUGAAUUGAUCGGCAAGUUGCAGGUUCAUGAACAAAGGACUGCUUUUAGAAUGGAAGACAUGGCUGCUUGUGAAAGUGCUUUCCAAGCUUUGCCGAAGUGGAAGCCAUUAACACCAUCCUCUGAAAAGAAGCAGCAAUAUGGAAGAGCAGAUAAAGGAAAAAUGGUGGCUACACAGUAUCAGCCAUCUAAGAAAGAUAAGUUUCCUCCAUGUUCGAUCUGCAAAAGAACUAAUCAUGAUGGCAAGGAUUGUUGGUACAAAGGGAAGCCACAAGUGCAAUGUAGAUUUUGUAGAAAAUAUGGUCACAUUGAGAAAUUUUGCAAAUUUAAGGAAAAUCAGUAUAGACCAAAGCAGCAGCAAGCACAAGUAGCAAGCACAACUGAAGAUCACUUGUUUAUGGCUUCACUAGCUUCCGGUUCAGUUGACAAGUGCUUAUGGUUUGUGGACAGCGGCUGUACUUGUCAUAUGGCAAAUAAUGAAGCAAUUUUUUCUGAAUUGGACAAGUCAGUGAGAAUCAAAGUGAAGCUUGGAAAUGGCUCAAUAGUGCAAUCAGAAGGCAACGGUAUUGUGGCUGUUCAGACCAAGAAAGGUACAAAAUAUAUUCAUGAUGUUCUCUUUAUACCUUCCUUGAGUCAAAAUCUGUUAAGUGUUGCACAGAUGCUUAGGAAAGGUUAUUCAGUUUCAUUUGCCAACAAUGCAUGUUAUAUCUAUGAUUCUUGUGGUGUCAAACUUGCUAGAAUCAAGAUGGUAGAGAAUAGCUUUCCUAUUACGUGGAAUUCUCCUUGCUUGCAUGCUGUUUAUGUAUCAAAAUCUGAUGAAACUUCUUUAUGGCACAAGAGAUAUGGUCACUUCAAUUUGAAGUCUCUUAAGUUCCUUCAAACCAAUGAACUUGUUAGAGACUUACCAGAAAUUCAUGUGAAUGAUGAUGCUGUGCAAGGAAAAACACCUAUUGAGGCCUGGUUUGGUGUUAAGCCUUCUGCACAUCAUUUGAAAAUUUUUGGCUCUAUUUGCUAUACUCAUGUGCCUGAUGCAAAGAGAACCAAGCUUGAUGUUAAAGUUGAAAUUGGUAUUCUGGUGGGUUACUCUACAAAAUCAAAAGGCUACAGGGUAUACAACUUGCAAUCUGGAAAAAUUUCAGUUCACAGAGAUGUACAAGUUGAUGAAGAUUCUCAUUGGGAUUGGGACAAGAGAGUUGUUGUGAAAAGUGGUGAUAUAGCCUCUGUCAAGGAUGAUGUAGAAGCUUCCAAAGAGGAAAUUUCAGCUUCUAAUGUAGCUGAUGUUGAUGCUCACCAUGAUUCCCCUGUUAUGAAAACCAAAUCCUUUUCUGAAAUUUAUGAAAGAUGCAACCUGGCUGUUUUAGAACCCAACACGUAUGCAGAAGCUUCCAAGCAUGACAUAUGGAGGCAUGCAAUGCAGGAGGAGAUGCAGAUGAUUACAAAAAAUGAAACUUGGGAAUUAACUUCCCUACCACCGGAAAAGAAUGCAAUUGGAGUCAAAUGGGUGUUUAGAACCAAGAUGAAUCCUGAUGGCUCCAUUCACAAGCACAAAGCCAGAUUGGUAGUGAAAGGAUAUGCUCAGCAAGCUGGAAUUGAUUAUGGUGACACUUUUUCACCAGUUGCUCAGCAUGAUACAGUCAGAAUGUUGAUUGCUUUAUCUGCUAAUUUUGGCUGUACAAUUUACCAUGUGGAUGUCAAAUCAGCUUUCUUGAAUGGCCAUUUGCAGGAAGACAUUUAUGUGCAACAACCUGAGGGCUUUAUUAUUUCUGGUCAUGAAGACAAGGUUUACAAGCUUAAAAAAGCUUUGUACGGGCUCAAGCAGGCACCUAGAUCCUGGUACAACAGGAUUGAUUCAUUUCUCCUUCAACAAGGUUUUCAAAGGAGUGAAAAUGAGCCAACCUUGUAUGUUAAAUGCAACUCAGGUCAGUCUUCCAAAGAUACAACUUUUCCAGUUGAAAAUUCUGGUUCAAAUCCUUUUGUUUGUGAUGCUGAAUUGCUAGUUUCUUUGUAUGUUGAUGAUCUGUUGAUUACGGGUAGCAAUUCACAAUUAUUGCUCAGUUUUAAAGCUAAUUUGAUGAAAGAAUUUGAAAUGUCUUAUCUAGGGGAGAUGAGUUAUUUUUUAGGCAUGGAAAUUCAUCAAUGUGAAUCUGGUAUAUUUGUUUCUCAACAUAAAUAUGCUCUUGAUGUCUUGAAGAAAUUCAGUAUGGAUCAAUGCAAGUCUGUGCCUACUCCCUUAGUUCAAAAUUCAAAAUUAAUUGCUGAAGAUGGUUAUGAGAAGACAGAUGCUUCUAUUUACAGAAGUUUGGUUGGGAGUCUCUUGUAUCUUACUGCAACCAGACCAGAUCUCAUGUAUGCAGCAAGCUUAUUAUCUAGGUUCAUGCAUUCUCCUAGUCAAGCUCGUUUUGGUGUUGCAAAAAGGGUGCUGAGAUAUCUCAAUGGCACUUCAGAUUAUGGUUUAUGCUUUUUCUUGGAUGUCUAGAAAGCAAGAAGUCGUUGCUCAAUCAACUGCAGAAGCUGAG